GUAUUCCCCUUGGUCCCCGUCCUGACACUUCGAUGAAGACAGACGCCUCCCUGUCCCCCCAAUCAGGAACAUGAAGGGCUUAUCGGGUGGCCGCUCCCAGCACCAGAUCCCCUCGCCCCAUGGGCUAGACCAGUUUGACCAUCCUCAAGACUUCCAUGGCAUGGGCCACCAUGGCGGAGCCUCUGAGUCGCGCCACUCCUCCUACCUGCUCAGCCCCACCGAGAGCUGCCCAAUGGACUACCACCACCGCUACUCACCGCGCAGCUCCAUCCACUCUGACUGCAUGAUGAUGUCCCCCGUCAUCAUGGCACCCCCGUCGGGUGUUGGUGGCGGCGCCGCCAUUGACCACAUCUCCAGCAGCACCUUCCCCAGAAUGCACUACAGCUCACAGUACUAUGACUCGGCCACGCGGGACGACUGCGCYGCCAUCACCGCCUCCGCCACCUCCCAUGCUGCUGCUGCCCCCACCGCUCCAGCUUUGCAGUACCAGGGCAGCGGCAAGAGCAACCGCAUCCCGGCAAACCUGCUUGACCAGUUUGAGAAGCAGCUGCCUCUGCACCGUGACGGCUUCCACACACUGCAGUACCAGAGGACGUCCACCACCACCACCACGGAGCAACGCAGCGAGAGCCCCGGACGCAUCCGCCACCUUGUCCACUCCGUCCAGAAGCUCUUCACCAAGUCCCACUCCCUGGAGGGCUCGUCCAAGAUGAACGGAACCAAAGGUGACGGUGGAGGAGGGGGACACCACGGCGGCUCCCAACACAGCCACCAUGGAGGCUCCAAGCAUGGCAGCAAGCGAAGUAAGAGCAAAGAGCGCAAGACGCACCGCUCGGGGGGAGCGGGCGGCUUCUGGAGUUCCGACGACAACCUGGACAGCGACAGCACCUAUCGCACGCCCAGCGUCAUGAGCCGUCACCAUGGCGACCAUGCCCAUGCCGCCCACUGCUACCCGGACUCCAUGCACCACAGUCACUUUGGGGACCUGUCCCUCAAGACCUCCAAGAGCAACAACGAUGUUAAGUGCUCAGCAUGUGAGAGCAUGGCCAUGACUCCGGAGGGGAAGUUUAUGAAGAGGAGCUCCUGGUCCACGCUGACCGUCAGCCAGGCCAAGGAGGCCUACAGGAAGUCCUCCCUCAACCUCGAGAAACCCAUGAUGCACACAGACCUCAAGCCCUCGCUACGGGCCUGUCACUACCUACAGGUGCCUCAGGAUGAGUGGAGUGGAUACCCAGAGGAUGGGGACCAGGACGAGGAGAUCCCGUGUCGACGGAUGCGCAGCAGCAGCUACGUCAAAGCCAUGGGAGAAGAAGACAACGACUCUGGYGGCGAAUCUGAUGGCAGCCCCAAGACCUCACCCCAGAAGGCCAUCCGACCCGACGCCCUCGUCCUCAAAUCAGCUAUGCAGAGACCCCACAUAGAACCCCAAAGCCAGAGCUACCACUUGCAAACCACCCGAGACAUGAUGCGGCCCCAUCCCAGUGUCACCCUGGACCCAGCCACCAACUACCCCCAACACCAUAUACCCCUCGGCCCUCAGUUCCGAUCCCGGAACCAGAGCUACAUGCGCGCGGUUAGCACCCUCAGUCAGGCAAGCUGCGUCAGCCAGGUGAGUGAGACUGAGGUCAAUGGCCAGUUUGAGUCAGUUUGCGAGUCCGUUUUUAGCGAAGUAGAAUCCCAGGCCGUGGAGGCCUUGGACCUGCCUGGCUCGUUCCGCACUCGAAGCCACAGUUACCUGCGUGCGAUUCAGGCUGGGUAUUCCCAAGACGACGACUGCUUGCCUUCAAUGACAUCCUCCACUGUCACUUCAACUCUCAGAUCCACAACAGCGGUGACGCACACGCCUAGCUAYAAGGCAAAGACGCCCCCGCCGGUGCCACCUCGCGCCACCUCCAAGCCCCUCAUCUCGGUGACGGCCCAGAGCAGCACAGAUUCCACCCAGGAUGCCUACCACGAGGGAAGGCACCCGCGGGGGAGUAUCCUGUGGGCGCCGGACGGUCUGGGCGGCUCGGGUCGAACCCUCUACAACUCCACCGACAGCCUGGACAGUGCCAAGGCGGUGACGUUGGCCAUGGAGACGGCGGCGGGCAAGCGGCACGCCUCCACGGGCAGCCACAGCUCCGUGCAGACGUGUGACAAGGCGGUGCUCGUGUCCAAGGCUGAGGAAUACCUCAAAACACCACGCUCUUCCAUAGGGAUUCAGGUGGAGACGGCGACAGACUCCGAGUCGGAGAGCAAAGGGCUUCCUCAGUACCAUUCUGUGGGCACCCAGGUGGAGGAUGACAAACGGCAUGGCAGGUUCAAGCGCUCCAACAGCGUGACGACGGCCGUACAAGCUGACAUGGAACUAGAGGGCUUCCCCACCAUGGAGGACAAGGGCCUGCAGUUCGGAGGGGGCUUGGGCUUCCGCGGGGGCCACUCGGAGCCUAGCACGCCCACCCAGUACGGGGCUGUCCGCACCGUCCGCACCCAGGGGCUCUUCAGCUACCGGGAGGACUACCAGCGCUCCUCCAGCGGACCGCCCAGCCCGCAGCCCGAGUCGUGGCUGACAGAGCCCUCUCUGGAGGGGGUAGAGACGGGCAGGGUGUCCCCCCUCCGCAGGGACGGCAGCUGGUUCAUGCAGCUCCUCCAUAAUGAAACUAAGAGGAUGGAGGGAUGGUGUAAAGACAUGGAGAGGGAGGCGGAAGAGCAUGACCUGUCGGAGGAGAGUGAGUUUCUGGCUAUGGAAAUCGAGUGCCGUGGGCAGCGCACACUCCUCAUGUCUCAAAAAUCUCCCUUCUACUGGCUGUGUCAGCAGAACCUGGACCCCAGCGCCAUGCCCCGCCCCACCUCUCAGGACCUGGCCGGAUUCUGGGACCUGCUGCAGCUCUCCAUCGACGACGUCACUGCCAAGUUUGACGAGCUGCAGGAAAUCAAGAGCAACGAGUGGAGGCCCGUGGAGAGCCCCGAGAARAAGACGCCAUUACAGGAGAGGAAGUGGCCUCCCCCGCUGCCAAAGAGGCCUCCGAAGGGGCGUGGCGGCGUGAUGCGAGAGCGCUCUCUGGACCUGCAGGACCGUCAGCGUCAGGAGGCCCGGCGCCGCCUCAUGGCAGCUAAGCGGGCGGCUUCCUUCAGACAGAACUCAGCCACAGAGCGGGCAGACAGCAUCGAGAUCUACAUCCCCGAGGCCCAGACCCGCCUUUGAGGUCCAAGCAUUUACCCCUCUAGCCUGACCCCGACCCCAGCUCUGACCCCUUCCGGCCCCCAGACCCAGCUAGUGGGUGUCACCCAGACUCCUUCCUCCCUCUUUCUUGUCGUCUGUGUCUCUCACUUUCACUUCUCAMUGUUUCUCUCCAUCUAUUGCCCUUCUUCUGAUGUCCUCUCCCCUUUAAGACGGAGGUAAUAUUCACCACCCCUCCACCCCAUUAUAAUGAGCUGCUACUACACCCUCCCCUUUAACCGAACUGAUCCACCAUCACAAUUAUAUUUGGCUAAUUACAAGCAAAAUGAUUAUUUUCUAUACUGUAACAAAUUCUCUUGUUGGAAAUGUAUUCAUCCCCCCCAAGAGCUUUCGCAUUGCCAUCAUGUAUUAUGAGCCUCUGGGUAAAGUAAGGGUAAUAUCAGUAUUUUCCCACCGUGUUCAAAAGGAAUCACAAAGUGCAACUUUUCUAUGGAGAAUCUCACCAGCAUCAGUGGUCUUGGGCUAAAUCACCCUGUGCGGAGAGUACUACUCCCCAGUGGUAGCACAGAGGUGGUGAUGACUCACUGUCAAGAUAGAAGUCUGGAAAUCUCUCCCCCAUGGUUGUGGGUUGUCAGUCAAAGUGGGGGGAAUAUGUAAUGUGAUUGAUCAACACCUGCUAUUGAAAUACCUCAGUCUUGCAGUGGGCACUCUAGGGUAAAAACCAUAGACAUAGAAUUCAAAUCUAUUUCUAUGGGGUCUAUUCUAUUUCUAUGGUAGAGACCAAGGAGUAGUCAUCACAUCUGAUAUGGUCGCACAGCAUCCUGGAAAUAGUAGUUCCGUUGUUAUUCUUGGRACGUACUCACACCACUUUUUACCAGGCUUGCUGCUGCAGCCACUGCCUAACAUUGCUGAGACAUGGGAUGCGAAAAAUACAUGCAGUAGUACCCCAGCUAGCACAUUUAGUUCCUUGGAAGUUGUGGGACAGAAGUUUUUGGUUUCCAAUUGAUUCUGGGAACAAAGCCAUAAGUUUCCUKAUCGGUAAAACUGAACGUUUUUAAAACRUUCUGGGAAUGUACAUUUUUAGGUUGCACGGAGGUUCUGAGAACCUUUUACUAUGGUUGCCUGAAAGUUUUCCUGGGAGGUUUUAUGAACGUUCUGAGAACUGAAAUUAUAGGUUAUUUGAAGGUGCUCAAAUAACGUUCUGAGAACAUUCUUUAAAUAUUGUGAAUGUUUUGAACUAAAUAUAAAGGUUAUUUUGAGGUUUUUGAAUCAUAUAAAACUUCCACUGAACGUUUCAAUAAGACUGCUAGCUUAGGUUAACUGUUUUGAACUCCAAGCAGAGAUAGGACACAUGGAAAUUAAUAAUGCAAACACAUUUGUCUUUUAUUUUGGCACAGCGUCAGUGAGAUUCAAACCUAUGAUCUUCUGUUCUCUCUCCAUGGAAUUGGUUCACUGCGACAGCAGGAUGGAGCUACAGUAGCAUGCCAUGUUUUUUAAACUCAUACAAAGAUGUUAAUUUUAUUAUAUUCAAACAGACCCCAUUUAAAAGGAAACAAGCUCUCAUUAAGAUCAGGUGUGGCCAAUUAGUGGCGGCAGC